UUUAGCACUCCAUGCUUAGGGCCAGCACUGCUCCAGUAAUUACACAUCAGUUGCAAGGUGCAGCAAGCAGUUGGAUGGGAGAUCACAGUGAUGUCAGGGCAGGGAGGGCUUACUACAGGAGAUAAGGCCAGCUAAUGGAGAUGAAAUGAAUCGGUAUUUAAAAGGUCUUUUUUAGUUAAGGCAGUUAGCUGGCAACAGGCUGAGGCUGGACCAGUUGGCUGGUCAGUGGGAGGCCGCUCAGUUGUGAGUGAAAGAGGCAGUGUGGCAGGUUCUGUGAGCAGCUUGAGUUGUUUAUUUACUUCUCCUCCUUCUUCUUCUUGUUUUUUUUUUAACUCAUUUUUUUCACCUUGAACUGGGACGGCCCCAUUCCAAGUCAGGCUCACUGGUGGGAAUUUGAAGAAUCCACGUGGAGGUCAGAGGUCAUAUCAUGACUCCACGGGAACAGCUGAGGAAGAUGACAGCGCUGGGAGAGCAGGGGGCUUUGGAUGAAAAGCACUGGUACCGGCUGGUCAACGGCAUGUCGGCUGGAGAGCUGAGGCAGAGGCAGGAGCUGAUGAUGAGGAACCAGAUGGCUCUGGCUCCACAGAUCCUGGCCCAGGGGCAGCAGAGGUUACAGGGGGUCCCAACACAGUUUGAACCUCGCUUCAUGGAGAGGGAGCUGGUCCAGCCCAGUGAGAUGGUGUCCUCUGAUGCCAGACAGAUGCACAUGGGAACUCACCUGGGUCCACCUCUUCCCCCGCAUGCCAGUGUCCUCCCUGGGAGGGCCUUCCCUGGAGCAGGCUACGGCUUCUUGCCCUCAGAGCCCAUGGAAACAGUUGCCCGGCGACAGGAGCUCAUUCAUAAGCAGAAGAUUGCCAGAAUGGAGAUGAAUGCCAUCCUGCAUCAGAAGGAGUUGGAGAAUGCACAUCAGAAGGGACUAAUGGGCAUGGACAACCCCAUGGCGUACCCUCCCAACCCCAUGGCAUUCAGAGGACGUCAGCGCAUGCCUGACGGCCAUGACGUCUUUGUACACCGUCCCACCCUGGAUGAACUGCACUCCAACAGCAUACUCAUGUCAGCAAGCCCCUACCCACCAAUCAGUACGCUCCACAGGGAGAGGGGACGCAAGGCCGGCAGAAGACCGACCACUCACAAGAGCGCAGAGAGCCAUGUGUCCAGCCUGAAGGGCCAAGCAGAAGAUAAAAGUGUAGAACAGAGCCCAGGUGCCACCUCAGGGGAGGAGAAAGAGGCAGAGAUAAAGGGGGACAUGGGAGAGGAGGGCGUCACCGGCAAGAUGCAUCAUCAAGCCAAAAUGGACUCCGAGCUCGACGCAGGAAGCAGGAAGAACUACAAAGAAGGCGAGCAAGGUUUGCGUAAAGCCUGUGUCAACAGCCAAGAUGGGUGCUCAGAUGUGGUCAACAGCGGUGCCAGUGAGAAAGACAUGUCCAGCCAAUGCUCUGCUUUCCAGGACAAAUUCAUGUAUCCCUCCGCUGGUGGACCUCUCACAGGCAUGCCUUACAUGUUCCCCGUCCCUGGAAAUGGUCUCCUCCCACCUGGCCCACCCAGUCUCUUUCUCAACGGUGAUGAUGUGUCUGAGGACAUAAGGAAGUGGACAGUGGAUGAUGUUUACAAUUUCAUCAACAGCAUACCCACCUGUUCAGAAUACGCUCAGACAUUCAAGGACCACAUGAUCGAUGGAGAGACUCUCCCGCUCCUUUCAGAAGAACACCUGUUGGAUACUCUGGGACUCAAGCUGGGACCUGCACUCAAGAUUCGCUCACAGGUGUCCAGGCGGCUGGGCAGCAUGUUCUACAUGAUGAACCUGCCGCUGCCCUCUGCCGCCCUGCAGGUUGCUCCUGAGAAGCCUGGGGACCGCUCAUCUGAGAUUGGCUCCCCCGUUAACUGCAACAGUGAGGAGAUGCUGGCGAGUCCCAGAGACCCAGAGGCUCUCAAGUCCACAGAGCACCUUCACGACACAGAAAACAAUUCUCCUCCAUCUGCUAGCAGUGAGACAGCCUGAACCAGUCCCAGUAUAAAGUGUACCAUGUGGACAGAUGCUAAGCCAACCAGGCCCAGUCUAUAAUUGCAAUAAUUGCACUACUGAAAUGCCGUUGCCCCACUAGUGGUUUUGUUUACAUGAUUUAUUGGAUUGAAAAUGCUUUUUUCCAGUAUUUAUUUCCUGGGCUUUUGAUACAACAGUCCACACUAGGCCUAGGUGACAGCUAAACAUGAGUUUUACAUGUACUAUUACAUGUAUUCUGUAGUGCAUUUGUAAUGCUUGUGAUUUGAGUGAAAUUCGUGUGGAUUUUGAGCUGUGAGGGGCUAAAAAGAUGCUAAAAAACAACUGCUGAGUUUACAGGCUGAAGUGUCUGAGAGCAUAUGUGAAUAUAGUGUAGCCUAGCU